AAUAUCCAGCCUUGUUCUUCCCCUUGUGCUCAAAGUGUGAAACAGCGCAGGGAGGCUCUGCCUGUCUCGUUCAGUUCAGCCUCACUGUCAUUUAACUUCCUUCCUGCGUUUUGUACAUUAAACAAACAUAUGACUCUGACGCCAAGUAUUGAACUGCCCCGAGUGACUGUAGCGCCGCGCAAUACAUAGUAACGAAGCAAAACAUUGAUUUGAAUCGCCAAAAAGAACUCUUAGAAUGAAGCGCUUCGGAAGAGAACCUGAAGUUAUUGUUCGUGAAUAGGACAGACAAGCGUUUGAACGACAGUUUAAACAACAACAGCGUCUGCAACAAGGAGGGUUAUCACAAUCAACGCGAGCAACUCUGCUAAGGAAGAACCAGUGGUGGAUAUAAUAUGUGAAUGAGGAACGGAGUCUGGGAUUUUAUUUUACAGUGCGUGCCAGGUUUCCUUCAGUCCUUCGUAAUGAUGGUUGGCUCUAGUGGGCAAUGGACUAUGGAUGAAUAGACCUAAAUGGGAGCAAAUACGGACAGAGACAGCCUGCCACUAUGGCAGCUUAUGCUCUGAACAGCCUGAUAAUGAUGAACCCCAACAACCUGACCAAUAAGGGCAGCCCUCGGACAGGAAGGCCUGUGCUUCCAGUACCUGGUCAUUCUUCAUUUAACCCAGGCAGCCUUAGCCCUGGGUCUCCAAGAAAAUCCUUUGUCUUCCCGUCAGUUACCAGUCCCAGCAGCCCCAGGGCACAUUCCCCAUGCCGGCCGCCAGAACUGCUGGGUGUGAAUGUGGGUAGUCGUGUGCGCAGGCUGAGUGGGUCCGGCCUGGAAGAAGACCAGGAGAGCGAAGAGCGACGUGCUGCUCAGAAACUGGAGCGACACAAGGAACUGCAGAAUGUGGAGGUGAACAAGAAGGUGGACCUCUUUGAGGCUCGCAUAUCGGCCCAAGUGCACAGCACAGAGAAUCAGCGAAGUCCACGGAUUUCCAGGAGACCUGUCCCAGCCAAACUCUGUUUGAACCCAGAAGAAACACCCCUAGCUACGCAGAAUAUGGAUCACUCAAUGGGUAUCCCGAAAGAACUGCAAAAUGGAAAGUGCUUUUCUGUACCGAAGGAGGUGCUGCAGGUUAGCUGUGAUGAGAAGAACGGGGCUGACCCAAAUAUGGAAGAGGGCAGCCCACAUAAGAGCACAUCAUGCAGCCCUACAGACAAUCACUCCAGGAGUUCUCGAGAGGUUAGUUGCAACUCAACUGCCAACAAGAGCUCUGCAUCUUGGACCGAGAAAUGUUCGACAAACGACAGAGCUGAUCCAACAGCAACACAGCGACUGGUUGACUGGGGCAACCUAGAGGUGGCCGCCAUUCCCGCUGUUAUUAUUACGGACCACGGCAUGGAGGUGGGUGGGGAGGGUAAGGAGCCAGAGAUUAGCCCUCAACCUUCAAGAGCUUUAAGGAAGCUCUCCUCCUCAUCCGCCUCCUCUACGGGAUUCUCCUCCUCUUGGGAGGAAUCAGAGGACGAUAUCUCCAGUGACCCAGAACGGUCCCCAGCCUUCUUGCAAACUCAACAGAAAGCGCAUAAAUCAUGGAAGAAGAUCAAGAACAUGGUGCAAUGGUCACCAUUUCUGAUGUCCUUCAAGAAGUACCCCUGGAUCCAGCUGGCUGGCCAUGCAGGCAACUUUAAGGCAGGGGCGAACGGUCGUAUUCUGAAGAAACACUGCGAGUGUGAGCAGCAAUGCCUCGAAAGGCUAAUGAGAGAUGUGCUGAAGCCUUAUGUUCCUGCAUACCAUGGAGAUGUAGAGAAGGAUGGAGAGAAGUACAAUCAGAUGGAGGACUUGCUAGCGGAUUUUGACCUGCCCUGUGUCAUGGACUGCAAGAUGGGUGUCAGGACAUAUUUGGAGGAGGAGUUGACGAAAGCCAGGAAGAAGCCCAGCUUGAGAGCCGACAUGUACCAGAAGAUGAUUGAGGUGGACCCUGAGGCUCCCACGCCCGAAGAGCACGAACAGAAAGCAGUCACUAAGCCGCGCUAUAUGCAGUGGAGAGAAACCAUCAGUUCCACCUCUACACUGGGCUUCCGGAUUGAGGGCAUCAAGAAAGAGGACGGAACAGUAAACAGGGACUUUAAAAAGACUAAGACCCGAGAACAAGUGACCCAGGCCUUCCAAGACUUCAUCAAAGGAAACCAGAACAUCCUGAACACCUAUCUGAACCGACUGAGAGAGAUAAGGGGCAUUUUGGAAAUUUCACCAUUUUUCAAAACACAUGAGGUGAUUGGCAGUUCUCUACUUUUCGUCCAUGACAAACGGGAGCAUGCAAAAGUGUGGAUGAUAGACUUUGGGAAGACCACUCCAUUGCCAGAAGGGAAGGAGCUGAGCCACAGGGCCACCUGGGUGGAGGGUAACAGGGAAGAUGGCUACCUCUACGGCCUGGACCAUGUCAUAGACAUUAUAGCAAACAUGCUAGGUUCUAAACCUCACUAGAAUAAGAGGGCUUGGUCUUCUCUUCCCACCCUCAGGUGGGCUGCCUGCACUACAGUUCAAGACCUCGCUGGGUUACCCUAAAGCUAUCCUAACCGAUCUCCCUUUCUCACCAAAAAGAAAACUGUAAUAUGCUGCAGUGGCCUUAAUUGAGCAUGUAUGUUUGUAAACUUGUAGAUGCUGUACAGAUGUAGUGUAAAAUAGAGUGUUUUAGUUCAGGAGAUGUGUGAAUAGAAUCUUUGCAGCUAGCGCUUUAACAGACAGGCACAUUUUAAGAUAACACUCCCUUUUUCUUCCUCCUUCUCUGCAAGUUUUUUAAAAUUCUAGUGUUAUGGAAAAGUGUAAAGCUUUUCCAGGCAUAUUUAACUGGUAAUCUUCUUAAAAGUAUAGUUGACCCAAAAAUGAAAAUUAUGUUAUGUUCUACCCUCAUGUUGUUCCAAAUGACUUUCUUCUGCGGAAUACAAAAGGAGAUAUAUUUUUAAAUGCUGCAAUCGCUAGUUUCCAUACAAUAGCAGGUUAAUGUGACUCACUUUGAAAGCACCCAAAGUUGUCAUAAAAGUAGUCCAUGUGACAUGUGCGUCAUAUACCAAGUGAAGGCAUACAAUUACUUUUGACUCUUGAAUCAAAUUGAAUUGAUUAAGUCAUCUAUUGUAAUCAAAUAUGGCGACACUUCAGUUACAUCAAACCUCAUUGGUUUUAGUGUCAGGGCAUCAUGACGUUUGGUUACGAUAUGCACAAGAUGCUUUGGAGGUGCUGCACGUGGAGCAGAAAAUAUUGUUUAAGAAUUCCACAUCUACAUCAUCUUUUAUUUUAAACAAAUAUCUAAAUUUUAAAUGUAAUAUUUUAACCUAACAACUUUGAUACCUACUCUCAGAUCCACCACUUUUUAUUUCAAUGUUUUACAUUUAUAUUUAUAUUUACAGAGUCCUAACCAGUUGUUUUCAUUUGUUUUAUAGUUUUUACCCUGUUGAGGUAACUUGUAAUUUGUGUUACCAAUUGUGUCAUUUAUACUGAGUGCUUUUACACUAGUAGAACAAAUGAAAUGAGCCCAUGUGGUGGUCUUAUGCUGUGCUUUUAUCUGAAACAAAUUCUUCAUAUUGACAUUCCAUGAUUUUCAGACGUUCAGUCACCAUUUUUCUUUCAAGUGCCCAAGACAAUUAUUCAAGGUUUUUCUCAGGAAGUGGCUCCCUAUCUAGAGAGAUUCAGAAAGACUUAGUGUCUUUGUGUGUCUGACUGUUAGUCUGUCACUACAAGUUUGUGGUACAGUAUGUUUUCUAGUUUUCUGUUGAUGCAAAGUUGCACUCGCAAAUGUUGUUUUUCUUUACAAAAAUCUGAAAGGGCUGCAAAUUGCAGGUGGUCAAUGGUAAAACAACAUGAUUAGACAUUGACCUUGCUGACUGAUGUCACUAUUUGGUUCAAAUAAGUUUUAUUUUGAGUUAAAAGGAUAUUUGAAUAAAUUAUUUUUUUCUUCUUCAGUGGAACUCAACGAAAAGAGUGAAAGUACCUAACAUUCUGUCUAACAUCUCCUUUUGUGUUCCACCGAAGAUAGAAAAUGUACAGAACGUUUAAAGGAUAAGUCGUGGCAAUUUGCAUUUUUCAUCUUAAAUGUAAACCAUUCCAAGCAAGUUCAAACAUUCCUAUUUUUUACUAGAGCCUUAAGAAAUGUGCCUGGGGCAAAGCUUGAUUCAAUGCCUUUAAAUACUGACUCACCACAAAGAGUGCAUCAUGUUUUAGAGAGGUGAUUGUUGUUUGCAUUACAAUUUGCCAUGCAAAUCAAUCAUCCCUUCAUAUCCCCAAACAAUGAGAUAUGGUCCAAGCAAAAUAUUGUUGGAGAUAAAAACGAUGAUUGUUGGUCAGUAUAGAAAGGAUGUGUUGACACCAUAAUAAACACAAUCAGUGAAUAAUCAUAGUUGAUUAAGCCCAGGGCAAGGAACACCUAGAUCAGUCCUACAGUUAUGUAUGUCAAUGCAACCAACAUUCCAAACACACAGUAAAAUGCAAAGGAUUAAUGUGAGGCCUCAAACCAAAAUGUCACCACACUGGGGUUCUGCAUUAUCUCCCCUCCCCCCUUUAUUUGUGACAAAGAGAUUUCACUCUUGUAAUAAAAUGACCUUUUUACAAAUGUUAAAGGAACUGAGAGGACUAAAGUAUAACGGUUGUUGUGGAAACAUUUCUCAAACUCCUGUCCAACUUCUUAGUUCCCUAAUCACAGGCUGAUUUCGUUACUUGUUUCGUUUAUAAAUGUGAACCAUUUUAUUUAUAUGCCAUGAAAUAUUAAGACAUUAAAGCUGCUGUAAGCAGGCCCUAUUUCCUGAAACUAAAACCAACUCCCAAAUUAUUCUGACCGCAGCCCGCGCGUUUGCCAAUCAGAAUUCUUGAAGACGGCUUUCGGGCAAUGGCGUGAAUUUGGGGCGGGAUUAUCCAUUUGUCGGGACAAUUAUACAGGUGCGGGAUUGUUUGGUGAAAUGUGUUUGGUGGUUUUAUUGGAGCAGAAAUCGCUUACAACAGCUUUAAUGAGGAAUACUUUGCACUUACUAAUCAAACCAAGGUCACAAGACUCUUAACAAAAAUGUUGCGUAUUCCAUGUUUGACUAAAAACUCAAGUCACGUAUUUUCUCCUCACUGAAGGUAAGACAUGGGAGUAGGACUCCCCCUGCUGUGGUGGUGCUGUAUUACAUUAGAACAAACAAACUGACCAAGUCCUUCUCUUUCUCGAAACGUUUUACAUUUCGUGCCGUAUUUUUGUGAAGUCAAACUUCUAGUGCCCAAACUAAUAUUCAUACUUUUUUUAUUUUAUUUUUUACAUUUUGCACAAGAACACUAAAUGCAGCUGCAUUGUUUUUUCUGUGCUUGUUUGGUUGCCUGUAUCUCCCAUACAUUGGUGAUGUACAGUAGUGGUUCACUGUUAUGUAAGCUAAGCUCUAUGCUAUGUAAAAAAUAAAAAGUGCAAAUGUUGUGUGUUCUCUCUCUUUCAGAAAAUAAAUAUCUGGAACGAGUGAAAUUUUACCUGUUGUAUUGCAUUGGUCAAUGUUUUGCUGGAAUAACAUUUACACAACAUGCUUCUGUGAUGAAGAUAUCUGUGUUGUGUUGCAGAACCCCAUCUAUAAUAUUUUGGAUGACCAACAACCUUGCAUCUCUGCCCUGCUGUAUAUUAGUCACGUCAAUACUGCAAUUAAUUAUCUAUGCUUGGUUCUAUAAUUUUACCUCAGUAAAUGAACAA